AUGGAUGAUAUCCCAAUAGAACAGCUUAUCGCCUUUUCAGGCGAAACCUUUUAUCAACAUGUGCAAGAACACUAUGGAAAAAAUGUUGAAAAGAUCCUUCGAUUUCAUGAUAUUGAUAAUUAUUUGAUAUUAAGUGGAACUAGUACACAAGAACUCCUGGAAAUAUUUGAAAAACCCAAUGAUGAAAAUGCUACUCGUGAAUUAAUUUAUUUAAAAACCGAAAUAUGCAACAUAUCUGAAGGAAAAAUAUUAUUAAGAAUUGGAACCAAAAACAAGAUGAUCUUAUUAUUAAAAUCAGCUCAAGAUAUUGUCAAGAAAAGAAAACGUCAAUUCACCGAUCAAACAAAAUUUAAUCGAUUGAAUAAACAUCGAUCAACAUCAUCAUCACUUAAUACUAGUUCAAGCGACAGUGAAACGAAUAUGAAAAAAUAUGCCACAUCAAUACAAGAAUCCAUUGGAAAAAUAUUAACAAAUAUGAAGAAUCAUAUUCAUCGUCGUACUUAUGUAAAUAUAUCAGCAAAUGAUUUUGGUAUUAUGAUUGAGGAUAUAGAUGAUCAAUCUGUACCACGUUGUUCUGUUCAAUGUAUUUGUGGUGAUCGAAUAAAGUUAUUUUUUAAUCAUAAUCGAUUUCAACUAUCAAGUUUAAUCAAACACCUCAGAAAUGAUAAUAAUGGAUUCAAAUUUUUAAUGAAAAAUACAAGUCAAGGAAUUGAUGAUCAAAAAGGUAUAGAUGAAAUGGAUCAAAUGGAUGUUGAUGAAGAAUCUUCAAGAAAUGAAAAUAAUCUCUUGACUACUCAAAAUAUACUGAACAAACAUUUCAACAACAGUAUUGGAGAUAUUGAUAAUACAGCAGCAGUAACAACAAAAAAGUCUUAUAGUCAGAAUGAAAAAUCUCUAUAUGAAUUCGAUGGUAACACAUAUAAUAAUACAUCAUCUACAACAACAAUAAAUCGAGAUGGUAAUCAACGAAUAUCUAAUAUACUGGCUACAGGUGGUGGAACGCAAAGUUCUAUUUCAUAUAUUUCAUCAUCAAAAUCAAAACAACAACUAGUGAACAAGGAACAGCCAAAAACAGGAAGAUUACCAUCAAACAAUCAAUAUUCAACAGUUGUCAAGGAUCAAGUACGUUAUAUGAAAAAUAUAUUUGAUUUCGUUUUUCACUGUGCAUUGCAGAAUAUCAAUUCGAACCAUUCAUCACAAUCGAAGAAACGUAAAAUCAAUGAAAAUGACAAACAAAUUCGAUUUUACUCAUUAACCAAACAUAAUAAAAAAAAAUCUGAACAAGAGAUUGUGUAUGAUAAACUCCAGAAAUCAGAUAUUUUGUCCACAUUAUUGAAUACAAUUGAUUCGAACAGACAUCGUCCACCUAAUAAUUAUCGAUAUCCAACUUCUGUAUUACGAUUUGAAACUUGUUUUUUCAUAUUAGCAGGUGUUUAUGUUUACGAAUACGUUCGUAUCAAUUUGAAAUUCUUAUUGCCAUCAGUUUAUACCGUUAAAAAAUUUUAUACACAAAAUCCUUACUCAGAAGCAAGAUUUAGAUUCGAUGAGUGUGUAAAUUAUCUUAGUUCCUAUCAAUGCCAAUAUGUAUUCAUGUCAGAAGAUUGUUCGGCAAUAAUACCUCGUGUAGAAUAUGAUUCAACAUUUAAUAUUUUUAACGGAUUAGUAAUACCUGUUUUAAAUGGUGUUCCAACAGAAAAUUCUUCUCAAUUUAAUUCUUUCGAUGAUCUUAAACAUGCAAUUGAAACAACACCACGUUCAAAUUUAGUCAAUGUACAUUUAGUACAACCUAUUUCUACUUCUGAUUCAUAUGUACCAUCAGCUACAGUUUUGUCUGCAAUAGAUAAACUUAAUGCUCUUACAGAGCUCAAACAAUUUGAAUUAACAAAUGAAUACGAUAAAAUUAUUUUUCCGGUUCACCACAAAGUUAAAAGACUUAUUGAUGAUACUGGAUCGAAAAUUAAUGAGAAAAAUAUUUAUUUUCAUGUGGAUUAUGUCGAAGAAAUCAUCUUCAAAGCUUAUGAAGUAGCACAACAAAUGGCAGAAAAUGUAGGAAUGAAUGUUGAUCUAACUAGAAAUAAUCUGUUCGAUAUUCAACAAUCAUCACAAAUAGCAAAACAACUAUUAAAAUUAAAUAGUUUGACUGAAGAAGAAACACUUGUCAUUGAUGACAAAGACAGUGAUGAAGAAGAUGACGAUGAUGAAUGCGGUGGUGAUGAAGAAGAUGAUGGUCAUGAUGAACGUGGUGGUGUUGAAGAAGAAGAUGAUGAUCAUGACGCCCAGGAUGCCGAACAAGGAGAAGAAGACGAUGAUGAAUAUGAAUAUGACAUUGAAGAGGAGAACGAUGUAGAAGCUAAUGAUGAAGGAGAUGGUAUUGAAGAAUCAAACAACAGCAAUGACGACCAUAUUGUAUCAGAAGAUGAUUCAAAACCAACAUCAAGUUUUGAAAACGUCCAAGCCAUAUCAUACUCAGGUGUCUAUCAAAGAAUGGGGUUUUAUCUAGAUUGUUAA